UCUCUCUCUCUCCGCAUACGCGUACACUCUUUUGGAUUCCGGCCAUGUUGUUCCGCUCUUCCUGGGUUUUCUUGUUGCUCUUCACCAGCUGGACCGCCUAUGCUUCACCCAUAUAUGACCCAUUCGACGGGAUACUAGACGGAGAACAGGCGAGCGCAUCUGCAGUCGGAGGGCACCUACCGACGACAGCAGUGUCUGCAGUUAUAGCAUCAGCGCGUUCGGGGUCUGCAUCUGCAUCUGCUACUAUCAGCGCGUCGGGCAGCUUGCACAGCGCAUCCGCCUCGGCGAAAGGCACGACAGACAAAGACCAGUCGACGACGAAGUCGGAGACAGCUCCAGUUACGACCGCUAUUACUGUCGAUCGCGGCGGCACGACGCACACAUACACCGAUUACCACACAUCGUACCGAUCCCACUCACUUCGGGCGCCCUCGCUCACAUUCACCUUCAGUGCUCCGUCGUACACCCCGACGCCCACGAAGGACGCCGGCUCGAUGGCCACGGCGUCCGAGACGCGCGCGGAAGCCCAGCAGUGGAAGGCGAUUGGCGUCGCCGUGCUCUCGCUCGCGGUCGUCGCGGUCAUCGUCCUCGGCGUGUACUACUGGGACAAGUACCGCGUCGUGAUCCGCCAGAUCUUCUGCUGCGGGCGCAAGCGCGGCAACGACUGGGCGGAGCAGCUCGAGCCGGAGGGCAACAAGGCUUGGGAAGCGCGCAUCGCGGGCGAGGAUGGGCACCGCUACCCAACGUUGGGCAGCCUGGAGGAGAUCGAGAAGGCGAGGGAGAAGGCGGGGUAUGGCGAGGCGGCGGGGGAGAAGGGACAGCCGGCGCCCGCGGGCGGGCUGCCUGUGCCACUGCACCACGGAUUCGAGGACUCGGAGCACCCACUGUCGCCUUUCUUCCGCCGACCGAGCCUGCGAGGGCAAGGGCAGGCGCCGUCGACGCCGCGCGCCGUGAUGAUGAACCCGAACACAGCUCUCCUAUGAACGAUUGGCCAGCACAACACGAUUGCAUUCACAUUGUUAUCCCUGCUCACACUGCACUAGCACAACAUCGAUACUCAGCAUAACUAUUGACCAAGGCACACUGUACAUUACCACACGCACACACUGUAUCCUUCGCUAUCUGUCAUCCUAUGUAGGCUUCUGGCCGGUGGACGAUUGUUCUUUUUGUUUGUCAACGGGGAACCUCCGGUCAACGUAGUCGGCAAGGACAAGGCCUGCGGCGGCG